AUGCGGCAUUUUCCUCUCCUUGGUAGCGUUUUCAGGCAAUCUGUAAAACUUCAAAGGACUGCAGAGGAAGUUAAUCCACCAUCAACCGCUAUCGGUUCUCGUGCGAUUCCAUCAAGAGUCGGCAUGAGAAUUAAUUCUCAUCUAAAUCAAACGUUUGCAACAACAAGUCAUGAGAAAACCCGUUCGAAAUCAUCUAAUUUCGCUACAAAGCCAGCUAUGCCUCCAUUAGUUAAAACACAAAGUUCGGAAAUUUCGUUAGAUAAAAGUAUAAUAGAUGAAUUGCAAUCAAAUACAGAAACUACUUCACCAGAUAUCGAAUUAGUCGAUAAUACACCAAAUGUCUUUUAUAGAACUGUAAUGCCGACGACAGCUCCACCUGCAUCUUCGAAUUUUGCUCAACUUACAGAAUUGCUUCAAAAAUUGCUUGAAAACGAUAAAUCUGAUGAUCCAGUACACCAGCAUCAGAUUUAUGAAACAAUUUUUUUAGAAGUUAUUCGUCAAUAUUUCAUUGAAUGCUCAGCAGAAGGAAGAGUACUAGAUAAAUGCAGACUUUUCUUUUCAUCGGUUUCAAAAUACGUACCUCAGCUUAUGUCUCGCUUUGAUUCAGAGCUACAAAAAGUUAAAGAUAAAAUUGAAGAAAACAAAUCUGUUUCACAAUACUUAAAGGACAAAAUCAGUCCAAUGAAGACCAAACGAGAAGAACUAACUGGCAUAUUGGGCGACUUAAAAACGGAUUAUCAGUUAUUAGUGAAACAUCUCGACGGAUUGAACCAAUCGUUAACAGUUACAGGUAAAGAAGUUGAUAAUCUUAAAGCUGCCGGUAUAAAAAUUGAUUCAAAGAUCUCAGAAAAGAAUCAAGAACUAAUUAAAUUAAAUCAAGAGCUCAGAACUCUCGAUGAGACCUCUGCCAAGUGCACAUCAGAUACUGUUACUGUUGCUGAGAAGCUUAAAGAGCUUUUAACAACCCAAAACGAGUUAAAAGAACGACUUUCAGAAGAAUCAGAUAUAAUUAACAAAAAAAGAACAAGAAUCAGGACAAUGGCAGCAGAAGUUGUUGAAAUGGAGAAAGCAUUAGGGAUACAAAGAAAUCUAAUUAAACAUAUCGAUGUUGCAACACAAGCAGAAGCUUUACCAAAAUCAAAUAAAAGUUCCAAAAAAGUGACAGCGCAAAGUUCAGCACAAAAUGAAGUUUUAUUAGAAGAUAACGAUUUCAAAGCCAUUACAACUGCCGGCCUUGUAGAAGGUGGAAUUACUAUAAAUACAUUUGAAGAUUUGACGAUGUUGAAAGAUUACAUUUAUAGAAACGCAAAUUUAUUCCAAAUGUCAAAAGACGAUAUAGAAACAGGUGAAAAAGGAGAAUUCCUGUUAGACAAGCCAAACGAGAACAUACUCAAAGUGUUUUCAAGUCGAAUUGUUUCACAAGCAAUUUCAAACGCUGUGAAGAAAAAUCCGAAAAUUUCAAUUUCAAUCCAAACUUUGCCAAAAGCACCGACAACCAGUGGUUCAAAGCCACAAACAAGGCCAUCAACACGUGUUGUUAUUAAUUCAAAGUUUACCAAGCUUAUUCCUGCUGAUUAUUCCCAAAGAGAUCCACAAGACAUGUCAUGGAUCAUUAAAAAUCUCAGAAUUAUUUAUGACGAGAAAUUCCAGAAAGACAUGAUUUGUUUGGACAAACACCAGCCAUUGAAAAACUUGGAUGAGUUCAUUAUAGAGUUUGCUCAACAACACAAUAAACUUGAUUUUAUUGCGUACCAGUAUUGUUGGGAUAUCCACAAUACAUCAACAAAAUUCGCAAAUUCUAAUCAAGAAAUAAAAUUGUUCAAUGACGCAUUGAAUGGAGAAAUUGAUGUUGAACAAUUAUGUUUCAUGUUGAUUUGUAGAGACUUUAUAAUGAAGAUAGGUGCAGUUGUUUCCAUCAAAAACGAAACAGGUGCUGAAGAAACAACAGAAUUUUAUUUGUCACAAGAUCAAUUGGAACCAGCACUCCGUAAAUGGUGGAAAUACAGAUACAAUGAUCGAUUGUAUCCAAGGCUAAUGACAUUGGCUGUUGCAAGACCUGCAAUACACUUGGAAGCAAUGAAAAGAUAUGUCUCAAUGUCUGAUAUUUUGACUGUAAUGGUCGAAGAAUAUCAAAGAGAUAAAAUUGAUAGAAUGUACGAAUUACUCUGCGAAACAAGAAUUUUGCCAAGAAUUUCUCACGCGGAAUUCCUUUAUUUGAUGAAGGAUUUGAUUCCUAAGGCUUCUCACGAAGACACAAAUAACUUCUUCAGAGCAACAGUUACGAAAUCAAUUAAAAGAAGAGAAGUUACAAAAGAAGAUUUCGCAACUGAAUUUCUUAAUGGUUCUUAUAACUUUUUACAUGAUGAAGAUAUUGAAAUGGAGUCUGCAAAUGAUGAAUUACUUGAAGCAAUAAAGAAAGAAUGGGAAGAAAAACAUGAAUUGAUUAAUUUAUGCGUAAAUAGAUUUGAAGCAAUAAGUAAAGAAAAUCCUGAUGAUUUGAAGCUGAGAACAACUGUUUCUGAUGCUCAAAGAUAUUUAAUGAUGAUGACUCACAACUUAUCAAUUAAGAAUGCUCAAGAAGCUUGUUUCAACUACUUCCAUUUAGUUUUCACUUUGGAAAUCUUGUUCAACAAAGGUGAAUUAUUUGAUUCAUCAACAUGCGAAUCAUCUCUUGUAUCUCUGGAAUGCGAUGUCAAGGAAUAUUGGCUUGACUGCGAUUUUGCUAAUAGAACUUAG